AGGAGAAAGAAGCUCAUGAGGUGUCCAAGCUCCAAGCAGAAUGUUGACAUCUAACAUCUUUUCUAGCUGGAUGAUUUAGGUUGGAAAGGUGUUUUAGACUAGAUCAUAUGCCCGUGAGAUGAGUCUCGUUAAAAUAAAAUAAAACCCAGCCAAUUCCUGACCAUUGAACAGGUGUAUGCCACACUCGGGGCUUUCAUUUUGUCAAGGAAGAGGAAAGUUGAAUCCAGUCUUGUCUGUGCCCAGUUACUUGUUAGAGUCUGUCUUCCGGAUUUGACUCUUUAAAAAAUGAUGAGAACUAAAGAUAAGAGCAGAGGUGAAAUCACAUUGUGUCACUUUAAAUUGGAGGCAGGUGGCUUUUUUUUUUCAUUGUAAUGCCAUAAGUCCUAAUAUUGAGAUUAGACCCACCCUGUUUAAAUACCUUUGAAUCAACUUGAGGUGAAAGCCAAGCCACAGAACCUGUCCACUUUUCCUGGGUUGUUUUAUCUAACCUUGGCAUCGGAGUAAAGAGCCACACAGUUGUUUCGACAACCUGCAGAAGUCACUUACAAACUGAUGGAAAUUGGAGGGCAAUUAUUAUCACCAUGAGGUAUAUAAGAUCUCAGAAUUCAGCAACGAUGUUAAUGGGGAGGCCAAAGAGACACAACCCAUUUUUUUAGCUACCUGUUGAUCAUACCUGCCCAACUUCAUCAAGAUGGUUUUAUGUCCAAAGCUGUCAGAAUUGUCAGUACCUGUUGUUUUAUACAUAGCUUCAAAAAAAAAAGCCAAUUACCUGGAGUGGUCAGGGAUUCCUGGGACAUCCUCUGACUGGUGUGAUGAGAGUGAAGGAGAUGAAAGCAUGGAAAUUAAAAAACAAAUUACAGGGAUGAGAAGAUUACUGAAUGACAGCACUGGAAGGAUAUAUCAGCGUGUUGGCAAAGAAGGAGAAAAAUUAAAAGAAGAGCCCCAGGAUUUGGAUUUAAUCUGGCCUCAGCGUUUGAACUCCUCUGCUGAGGCCCCACAGAGCCUCCAUUCUUCUUCACGUGGUGUGUGGAAUGAGCUAUCACCUCAAAGCGGGCAGUUCUCAGGGCAGUAUGGCACCCGUUCUAGAACCUUCCAGAGUCAGCCCCACACCACUACAAACUCCAACGGAGAACUUCCCAUGGUGAAUUCGUCAGUUGGAUCAAACUGCUGUACGUGUAACUGCCAGUCAACAUUGCAGGCCAUUCUCCAAGAACUCAAGACCAUGAGGAAAUUAAUGCAAAUUCAAGCAGUUGGAACUCAAAACAGACAACAACCCCCAAUUUCCCUUAUAUGCUCCCAGCGAACUGCUGUGUCACGCAAGAGAAAUAAAAAGAAAAAAGUGCCCCCAAGGACGGUUGAACCUGUUACUGUGAAACAGAAGCCCAGUGUGUUAGACAUUGAGAAGAAGCCAGCAGCAGGGGCCUUGGAGCACUCUGGUCCCCAAGCCUCAGAGCUCACCUCCACCAAGGACAGCCAUGUCCUGGGAUUCGGCAUUGUUCUUGAAUCACCUUCCUCAGAUCCAGAAGUGCAACUUGCUGAAGGCUUUGAUGUGUUUAUGCCUAAGUCUCAGCUGGACUCUAUACUGUCAAACUAUACUCGCUCAGGAAGCCUUCUGUUUAGAAAACUGGUGUGUGCAUUUUUUGAUGACAAGACUUUGGCUAACUCCUUACCCAAUGGGAAGAGGAAAAGAGGACUCAAUGACAACCGGAAAGGACUAGACCAAAAUAUUGUGGGUGCAAUAAAAGUCUUCACAGAAAAGUACUGUACUGCUAACCAUGUGGAUAAACUUCCUGGCCCAAGAGACUGGGUACAGAUUCUACAGGAUCAAAUUAAACUGGCCAGAAGAAGGUUAAAAAGAGGAUCAGCAGAGGUAGCUGACGGUGAUGAAAGACUGGACGGCAUUUCUCUACCACCAACAGGGAAAAAAGCCUGAGGCCCAGAAACAUUAAAUGACUUCCCCAAGGUCUCAAGAGCUGGUUGAUGGCCUGUCCAGAACCCAGGCCCUUCGACUCCCAGCCCUUACACCGUAGAGCUUUCUUAUACCUAAGCCAAAGCCAGCUUUUCUCUGCAUGUUUCUUAAAGAUCCUAAGAGAUGAUGGAUUUACUAAUCCAUUUAGGAUUCCAUUUCAAUGUCUCACAAUCUUCACAGUUAGAAUGUUCAUCAUCAGUGUACCCAAAAUUUGCUGCAGUUUAAGCUCAUUUACUUCAGUCCUCUCUCAAUUUUGCCCAAAGCUGUGAGGUUGUAAUGAAGAAAAUAGUAGAACCACCUGCAGGUCUUAUACUAGACUGCUAAUAGAGAUUGGUUACAAAUUGCUAAGCAGCAUGAUAAAUAAAAAUGUUCAUUCUUUAGAAAAGGGGGAAAGAAGUCACAGAUUGGUGCUCAAAUUUUGAAGUAAUAAAAUCAAAGAAUAUC